AUGAUACAACAAGAGUGGGACAAGGAUAUAGUUACACUUAGUUUGAAUGAAUCUGUUAUCAAAAACUACGCACAAAAUUCAUCAAGUUUACAAUGCUGUUAUCAAAAUAUAACUCGGGUGAAUGGAUCGGACAAUAAUAUUAACCUUUCUACUUGCAAAUCUUUUCAUAAUAAAAUCCAGUUGCCAGAAAAAUCGGAAUUUGUUUUAGUUCGAUGUAAAGUAAAUGGAAAUGUAGUCUACAAAAAUGGUUAUGCUUUGGUUCGAAAAAAGUCUGACGUUGUUAAAAGAUUCAAAAAGCCAAAAUUUAGUAAUAAUAGUACUCAAAAAAGGCCAUUAAGUGUGUUACUUAUUGGAAUUGACAGUAUUUCACGACUAAAUCUGAAGCGAUCAAUGCCAAAAACUGCUAACUAUUUACAUUCCAACGGCUGGAUGGAACUUGAAGGUUACAACAAGAUUGCUGAUAACACAUUUCCAAAUUUAAUGGCAAUACUUACUGGAUUUAAUAGUACAAUGUCAUACAAAGUUUGUAGUCCAACUAAAAUGGGUAAACUUGAUGCUUGUCCUAUGGUUUGGUACACAUUUAAGGAAAAUGGAUAUGCAACAGCAUAUGCCGAAGACGAAAUGUCUAUUAAUACAUUCAAUUAUCACAAAACUGGAUUUGUGUCACCUCCAGUUGACCAUUAUUUUCGUCCAUUUGGACUGGCGGCAGAAAGCUAUUUGCAAAAGAAGAAAGAAGACCAUCUUGACGUGUGUCUCGGCUAUCAAACGUAUGCAGAUCAUAUAUACCAGUAUGCCGUUGAUUUUGCCACGCAAUACAAAGGAAAUCCGUAUUUUGGGCUCUUCUGGACAAGUUCCUUUUCUCACAAUGAUUUUUCUUCGCCAACUGCCAUGGAUGCGCAAAUGCUGAGUUACGUUGUAAAAUUAAAUGAAACAGGAAUCUUGAACGAUGCGCUGGUAGUGUUUUUCAGUGAUCAUGGAGUAAGAUUUGGAGAUGUGCGCAAAUUACUUAUUGGAUGGUACGAGGAACGACUUCCAUUCAUCUUCUUCUCAUUCCCAGCAUGGUUCAAGGAGAAAUAUUUCGAUUACGUGAGAAAUUUCGAAAUAAAUAAAAAUCGUCUUACAACCCCGUUUGACUUGCAUGUGACACUAAAGAAUGUGUUAUCAUUGUCUAAAUCAUUCACUGAAAAUCUUUCAUCUUCUUCAUGUGCCUCGUGUCAAAGUCUUUUUGAGGAGAUACCAGAGAGAUCUUGUGAAGACGCAAGUAUCGAGGAACAUUGGUGUACAUGCACUCCUUACGAAAAAAUUGACAAAAAUUCCACUGAAAUUAAGAAGGCAGUUGAUUUUGUAAUAAAUGUCAUGAAUCAAAAAUUAAAAACCUACAAAGCAAAAACUAAGGCCACGACAAAAUAUUCAAAUAAAUGUGCAGAGUUACGUUUAAAGCACAUUCUUAAUGCAUACAUGGGAAAAAGUCUUUUUGGAGAUAUAACAUAUUAUCUCGUGUCAUUUGUUGCAAAACCAAGUCGCGGUGAAUUUGAAGCCACAGUAAAGUACAAUGAGGAUAUUGGGUAUCAUUUAUCAGGGUCCAUCAGCCGACUUAAUUGGUACGGAAAACAAAGCGAUUGUGUGAAUGAUGCAAACAUGAAAAACUAUUGCUUUUGUUAUAAAUAA